AUGACGUGGCAUUUUCUACUAGCAAAUUACGGGAAUUCGAAAGGAAGUAUUACAUUAAUUAUCAGUUGUAUCGUUCCAUUAACCAAUAGCACCAAGAAACUUUCAGUUCACACCCUGGCUUCCACCUCUAAUAACCGUUUAAACAAAACGGUUGGCUUGUUAAGGUGGAAAGGAGGCGUUAGUCAGUCAGUCAAGCCGCAGGAUGACGGUAGGUUUCCAUUGUCAGGUCGACUUAUUAUUGUCAAUGCGGGCUCAGAAAAUGGGUUUGUCGAAAAUGCCUGUUUAAUAUUUAAAGCUGGAUUAGCAACAGGCGAUUACCAUGGCCAAAUGAACCAGGAGAAUUUUACUCGAUGGCUUACGGAAAAACUCCUUCCAAAUAUACCGGCCAAAUCGGUUAUUGUUCUUGACAAUGCUCCAUACCAUUCCGUCCAGGAGGAUAAAACUCCUACAAGGUCAUCCUUAAAAAAAGAUAUAAUUGCCUGGUUAACAAAGAAAGGGAUAAACCAUGACGCAAAUGCCAGAAAAUUUGAUCUCUUUGAUCUGGUAUUACUUCAUAAGCCUCCCGAUGACCAAAAAAAUUAUGUAGUAGACCGGAUCAUUAGAGAGCAUGGGCAUACUCCUUUGAGAACACCUCCUUAUAUGUGUGAGUUAAACCCAAUCGAAUUAGCUUGGGCAAGAUUAAAGUUUUUAAUAAGAAGCCAAAACACAACGGGCAAUUUCACAUUAUCUGUUUUAAAAGAAGUCACCAAAGGAGCAAUGUCUUUGAUAUCCCCUGAUGAUUGGAAGAGGUUUUGUCAACAUGUGAAAAACAUAGAAAAUAAAUUUUGGGAAACGGACCAACAUAUGGAAGAGGUCGAACCCCUCAUAAUAAAUUUAGGGCAAGAUGACGAUAGCGAGACUGAUGAUGAUAGCGAUACUAAUGAUGAUGAUGAUGAACAACACUAA